AUGGUUCGACUCUACCAAUUCACUCACAAGGCAGUCAACCUCAUCAACGACAACAGCAAUGCUCCGUCGCCCGAAAACACUGUCCCAGCAGAGAUCAACCUGCCCAACCUCACAAUGUUCUCGACCAUCCUCUUCAUGACAGAGUUUAGACAGAUGGGCAUGGGUGACUCAGUCGACAUCUCAAAGACCUGCAACAUGUCCGAGUGGCACCGCCGUCUCUAUCAAGGCGCCGUCGAAACACCUCAGUCAGACAGCGACAACUACGUCGACGUUCUCACCCUGUCACCCAAGCCCGUCUCCGAGGCAGGAAUCAUCUACGCUACCACUACUCGUCCAGCAGACCAGGACGGCGCCAAGGAGGCAUUCUCAGCAUUCCUCUUUGCGACCCAUAAAUCGUCAAUUGCCAAGACGAUCCCCUCGACGAACAACGGGGAGACCCACAAGUUGCCGUUGGAGGCAGAGGCUCUAGUGGCUGCCAAAGGAGCCACCCAUAUCUGGUUAUGCGGGUCGGAUCCGGAACAGAGACGCCACCGCCUCAUGAGCCAAUGUCUUGCGCAGCUCGAGCAGGAUGUUCUCGAGUGGAAGGCCAACGGACAAGGAUCGGGAGUGCUGACAGUUCAUACGAUCCCCAGGGCGUUCCCAGGGAUGGUCAAGUUCUUGACCAAGAAUGGAUUCGUCGGUGGCGACAAGGUCGUUGGUGGCGAGAGCGACAAGGUGCUUUACUGGAAGGCGCUCUGA